AUGACGACCCACAGAAAUGGAAAUCUCUCAAUAGUGCCUUUGCGGGAGUUUGUGCUGGUGGGAUUCAGGGGAGGUGUGGAGACACAGGCCCUACUGUUUGCUCUGUUCCUGGCCCUGUACAUGGUGACCAUUGUGGGCAACCUCACCAUGAUCAUAGUCAUCACCCUGGAUGCCCGCCUGCACUCCCCCAUGUACUUCUUUCUCAAGAACCUGUCCUUCCUGGACCUCUGCUACUCAUCUGCCAUCACCCCCAAUGCGCUGGCCAACUUCUUCUCCUCCUCCAAGGUCAUCAGCUUUGCUGGCUGUGCCACCCAGCUCUCCUUUUUCUCUCUACUGGUCACCACUGAGGGCCUUCUCCUGGGGGUAAUGGCCUAUGACCGCUUCAUAGCCAUCUGCAGCCCCCUGAGCUAUGGCAUAAUCAUGUGCACCACAAGAUGUACCCGUCUGGUGAUGGGCACCUACUGCGGAGGCUGCCUCAACUCCAUUGUGCAGACCAGCCUCACGUUCCAGCUUCCCUUCUGCAGCUCCAACCGCAUCAACCACUUCUUCUGUGACGUGCCGCCCCUGCUGCAGCUCGCCUGUGCCGAUACGGCCCUCAAUGAGCUGGUCAUGUUCGGCAUCUGUGGGCUCAUUAUCAUGGGCACCACUCUUGUGGUCCUCAUCUCCUAUGGCUACAUCACAGUGACCAUCCUCAGGAUGCGCUCGGGGUCAGGGAGGCAAAAGAUCUUCUCCACCUGUGGCUCUCACAUGACAGCCGUGUCCUUGUUCAUCGGGACAGUGUUUGUCAUGUAUGCACAGCCAGGGGCAGUGGAGUCCAUGGAGCAGGGCAAGGUGGUGUCCAUCUUCUACACCCAGGUUAUCCCGAUGCUCAACCCCCUCAUCUACAGUCUGAGGAACAAGGACGUGAAGGACGCCCUGCGGAGGCUGGGACAGAGACUGGCAGCCCUGUGAAGGGGUGGUUGGUGAAAGACAAUGUCCUGGGGUAGGAACAUGGCUCCAAGGAACCGCUGUGUGAGCUGAGAACAUUUAUUUCCUUCCUUUUCUUUCCUCUUUCUCUUCCUCUUUUCUGUUUUUCUUUUUCUAGCUUUCUUUCAUCCACCGUUCAUGCAGCAUUUAUUGAGAGCAUAUCAUGAAGCAGAUAUUUACUAAGAGGAAUCAGUCAGGAUUUUUCCCUCCAGAAAGUGAAUGGUCCAGUGAUGGAGUGAGUCACUUUCUGUUGGGGUACAAGGCACA